UCUUUCAUGCCUCAAAUUUCAAAACUUCUUCAGCAAAUGUCUCAUGCUCGUUCGAUCUUCUUCUCACUCUACAAAGCAAGCUCAAAGCGAAGACGCACAAGGCCAAAGUCCAGAAACGUAGAAUGGGGAUACACUGAACCAAGAAGAAGAAGCCCAGAAGUUACAGUAAUAAGAAGCCAUAACAUCAUGGAAGUGCAGCAUGAAGACACACACAGAGUUGAACCGUGUGAUAUAUGUGGUAAUGUUGGUUGGCCCGAAGCAAUUGCUACUUGCUCUGAAUGCAAAGUAGCUAAGCAACAUGUCUAUUGUAUGAAAAAGUUUGUGAGAAUAGUUCCUGUUGAUUGGCUUUGUGAAGCUUGCCAUUCUGUGGAUGAUGUGGUUUCAUUAGAAGAUGUUGAAAAUAGUGACAUAUCAGUAGACCCUGGAUUUGAUGCUUCUGAUGAUGUAACUGAACAUGAUGAGUUCACAGAUUCAACCAGUGGAGAAAUUCAAAAUACUUUAAUGACUACUCAACAAGCUCCUCAUUCAUCGGCAAAAGACCAGUCAAUGGAACAUCAUCAGCACUUGGACACUGAAAGGAAGAAAAUGCCUGUCAAAGCUUCCUCCUUUUCUCAUCCUCCUCUCCUUUCAACUAAGGCUCAGGAGGAGAAGUUCAACAGGUAUUUUGUAAAUAAAGAGGCUCUUGAGAGUUGGUAUGUAGAUUUCUCAUUUCUGUAUGAAAAUAACUUUGAGAUUAGACAUGCCUUGGAGCCCUUUAGUUUCUUCUUGGAACUGAAACAUGAGUGGAGUCCAAAGGUUGUCCGUGCCUUUUACUCUAACUUAACCUUGGAUGUUAGAGGAACAACAAUCAAAACUGAGGUUAGAGGAACCAAAAUUGUGUUGGAUUGUGCAACUCUGGCUAGCAUUCUUAAACUACCAACAAUAGAGGGACCAUGUUUCACUGAUAACCCAUAUAAUGUUAGGAUCUUAGAGGGCUAUGAUGAGAACAAAUAUGUCGCUAGGAUUCUACAAAUGGAGCAAGUACCAGAAGAUUUUGAAUAUAGAGCUAUUGUAGACUUCCCCAUGGAACACAAGCUUCUACACUACGUUGUAAGACAUUGUUUCUUCAACAAAUCUUGGAAUUCUGCUUAUGCAAGUGACUCUGAGAUGUUGAUGAUGUAUUACUUGCUUGAGAAGAUGGAUUUCAAUCUCCCGUACUUUAUGAUCCAUCGAAUGACAGCGUUUGCGCGAAAAGCCGCCGCGCCACUUCCUUAUGGCUCUUUUGUUACUGAGAUCCUCAAACACUUCCAGGUUCAUCAUCUUGAUGAGGAAGAAAGAAGAUCUCCUGAGACCAUUGGUAUUAACAAUUUGUCCAGAAUGGGAUUCAUGAGAAAAGAUGGUGCUUGGGAUCUUCAUUGUGCUUCUAAUCCUACAUCUUCUGAAUCUGAGGACUCUCUUCCUGCAACUCCUACAUCUCACGUCAAUUUUCCCGAGCUCGUGAUCAUGGAACGUCUACGGCAUGUGAUCACGGAAAAUCUACGGCAUUUCGAGUCUUUUCAACGGAAGGUUGAGAAGUGUAUUUGUCGAUGGCGUGAUCAUGGAAAAUCACGACGAUUUGAAUCUCUUCAACAACAGGUUGACGAGUGUGUUCAUCAAACGACGGCUAUGCAAGAAGUGUCAAUAAGUUCAGACACAUGAUGUUUCUUUUGGGUGGACUUUGUUGUGUGUGUAUGUGUGUGUGUGUUAAGAUGUUGUUAGUGCUAUAUGUUGUUGAUGCUUUUUGAUGGAUCAUUAUCAACAUUUAGCUAUUUUGUUGUGACAAUUAUGUGAUUUGGGAUU